CACGACGAACUACAAGUCGGCGCGGCAUGCCUCUCUGGUGACCAAGGAUCUCAACUGAAAAUGGUUCGGGUGCACACAGCCUGAGCACCUGGAUCACCCUCACACGCCAGCAAACGUUGUACUUCACAUCAGCAUCAAUCGCGAGUCUCAGAGGUGAAACGGAAAUGACCCGUCCUGCCCGCUCCGGCCCGUAAAGUCACCGUCUGCGUCGAAGGCUCUCAACAUCACACUCGAAGCGCUACAUCGACGUUCGAGCGCAGGAUGCAGUCCAUGGGAGAAGUGCUUUGCUGGAGCGCAGCAAAGAGCGAGCAAGCCAAACUUGAAUACAAGACAGCGCAGCAUAUUCAACACCAACUUCAGCAGGUGCUGCCUCCUCCUCGAAAUUCUUCGAGCGUGCUUUCCAGACUUCAAAGAUCACCUCAGGUACGGCGACGUGCGAGCAUUGCAGGCGCUUCGGACCAAGGCAUCUCGAGCGAUCCGCUUAGCAGAAGCAAUCAGUCUUCGAGUGGUGGGCGCUUUCACUCGAGAGAGGUUAGCGAAGGCAAGGUCGUCCAGACGGAGCUGGUGUGGAAAGGCAAGCGACUUGUUUGGUCUGCUGGCGGCAGGCUGGUGAGACAAUUCACCUACGAUGACGAGGUGCUGCAAGCUUGCUGGGCGUGGAUGAAUACUGCAGAUCAACAAGUGGCUCACGAGGGACUCUGGCCCAGCAGCGAUGGAAAGGGUCGCGAUCAAACAGAGAAUCAGACAGCAAGCAGCGGAUCGGGCUUGCUGGGUGCAGUGGAUGACCUUUUAUCUCCGGCGCAGAAACAGUUUCGCAAAGUACCUCCCCAGCGGAAAGCGGCGAACACGCUUCGACAGUGCCAGCGGGCCCUUUGCGUCUUUAUGCCCUCGACCCUCCUUCUCUACUUCCCUGACACGGGUGCGCAACAAACCGUGGCCGUACCCUUCGAGCUCCGGGCUGUAUUUCCUGCCCGCACCGGCCUUUUCAUCACCCGCGAGCAAGAGAAGGAGGAUGAGAGGAGGGCAAAACGUGCUCGCGCGGAUGCUGCCAGCUCGCGCUCUACAGAUGAACAGCCUUUGGCGUCGCUCUUCUAUAUCAGUCGCUUGUUCCAAGAGUGGGUCCCAGUCGAGAAGCAUGGUGAUGCUUCCUCCAGCUUCAACGAGCUAAAUGAGGAGGUGAUCUUUGUUGGCGCCGAGGAUACUCCUUCUGGUCAAUCGUGGCCCAUGCUCGUCACAGUCAGCAGAGAACACCAUCGCGUACGCAUUUAUAGCUACCAUGUGGCCCUCAGACCUAGAGUCGAGCUGAUGGAUGCUUCAGACAACGGAGUGCCGGGCAAAUUAGACGGAAGUGCCGGCGCAACGUCGGCAGCGGCAAACACGUCUCAGAGACCUUCUUACACGAGGGCGCCAUCAUCCAGAGCAGACCUCACCUUUCAGCAAUCACACGCCUCGAUCGGUCAGGGCAGACCGUCUCAAGCACCGCAAUCGCAGGCACGCGCUUCGCAGGCAUCCAUUGGUCAAGGUCGGCCUUCUACUCGCGCGCGCUUGAGCUCCAUCAGAGUUCCAAGUCGAGCUCGAGGCUCCAGCCAACGAGUGACGGAAGAUCUGGUUGGGUUGCUGAACGGGCCUGGAAACAGUGUUGGAGGUCCCCCCAAUGGUCAGCCUUCUUUGCUGCCUGAUGCCGUCGGCACAACAUUCUCAGCAGGCGGUCCAGCUGCGAAUACGCGGCUGAGAAGGGCUUCUCAGACUCAGCAUGCCAUGGAGAUGAGUGUUGCUGCUCGUACGCCCUUCACAAACCAGCGCACGACGAGCAGGCAGGUCUCCUCCCGUGUCAGCGUCAGCAGAGGCAGAUCUAGCAUCAAUUCAACACGACAAGCGGAUGUGAGCGCGCUUCUGGACCUCGGCAAUCAAUCUGAUGCCGCACCCGCCAUAUCCACGCAGACUCAACGCCAGACGCUAUUGCCAACUGCGCCUCGUCCGCCUCGAGAGGAGGCUUACGAGUCGGAGUACCCGACAGAGAGAGCCUGCGUGGCGUUGCUCGAUGAGAUCCCGCUGGACCACUGGGAUUCUGACACAACCAAUUCGUACGGAAGCACUGCAUUCGUCAUUGCUAGUGGAAUUUGCAUUGUCAUUCCUGCUGCCAAGCGAAUCAUCAUUCGGCAAGCCAGGACGAAUCAGCGUGGUGGCAUAGAUCUGCACAACCCAGCCGCACAAUGGUCCAACAGCCCAACGGACUGUAUCGAUGCCUGCGCUGUCGGAGAGAAUGAUGGCCUGGCCAUCCUUCACCGUCACUACAUUCAGUGGUACCCUGAUGCUCUACGAGAAAGCCAAAGCAUCUCAGUGAAGCUUGAUGUAGCAGCUGGUCAGCCAAUAAGGCUACAACCUCGAGGGAAAUUUUGCGUAGAGGUCACAGUCUUGCUGAACGAGAAGUUGCUGGCUCAAAGUGUGACGCUCUUUCGCUCGCCAAGCUGUUCCACCACGACUCGAGUACUUGACGCACUCCGAUUGGCUCUUCCAGCUCCUCUUGCUUCGCAUCUCAUUUCGCGUUGGAACGAGUCCGAUAUGCCUCGGGGGCUCGUCAGCACAUCAAGCGAUUGGCAUGCGCUGCUGGAGCUGCUCGCUCCCUCUCAGAAUGUGAAGGCGGUAGGCAAGACGCCAUACAAUCUCCUCCUCUCUCGGGCUCACCAUCGUUACGGGCGCGACCAGCUCCUGGGCGCCUAUGCUCCAGAUGCAGCAGCACCAGGGGACCCGAUCGCCCCAUAUGACGCCAGGCACAAGGAGGAGGGUGUGCUAGUGUUGCACAUCGUUCAUGCGCUGGCGCAAGACGCUAGAUUAGAGACCCGUGCGUGUGCUGUCCAGUUGCCUUGGCUGGCUGAGCUUGCGGCUCGAUUGGCUGCGCGGUGCGGCUGGACGCAAUGGGUCGACUAUUGGGCCCGCGUAUUUCCCGAGGUGUGGAGGAUGAGCAACGAUACCGGAGCACUCGGUGAAGAGCCGGACCCACCGGACGCUUCAGCUCUCCUCGCAGCUCAAAUGACGGCUCGAAGGAGCGUGCAGCCUAAGGACUUGCUAGGUGGUCGGAAGGAAGUCUCUUCUCACAAGCUCGAAAGUCUUUUGCCGAAUGCCGCCCGCCUCCUGCGAGUGUUUCAGGCAUUCGGUGCUCAGACGAAUCAAAGCAUGAGCGCGGAGCCCCUCGAUCAGCGCAGAGCAGCUCAAGUGUUGGGAGCCAUGCUGGAAGAGCAAGUGAGGCCGACUGAAUUCGCCGGACCGCUCACGCCAUUAGCUGCGCCACUGUUCGAAGCUCUUCGAAUGUGUCAAGCUGACCCUCCUAGCAAUCUGAGCGGUGAAGCACUGAAGCUCAUUGAAAGAGCGGAUCUGGCCGCCAGCGUGAAUACCUCUGAUCUCCAGUGGCCGAACACAUUUCUCCCAAUGUCCUUUGUGCUAGAGCCCUCGGUGCCAAAGCAAACGGUAUCUGCGCGUCUCAAUCCAGUCGUCGCGAUGUUGUUCAGUGCAGAUCUUCGCCUCAGAGACGUGCUCCAAAUGCUGCAGACUCGUGGGCGGACAUUGGUCAUGCAUCCCUCAGUGGACACUCUUAAUGAUGCUGCAGCGAAGGAAACCAUUUUGCGGGUGCUUCACGGGGCGCAAGAGCGAAUCAAGGCCACCAGCAUUGGACGGGGCAUGUUGCACAUUGCAACGCAUCUGCACAACCCUACGGUGAAAUGGCGCGUCCCCAAGCUGAGCUUCGAUCUUCACGUGGUGCCGCCACCCAGCGUGGAGUACGAGUAUGUUCCGCCGCGCAGCGAGGGGGGCGAGUUGGACUGGCCAGAGUUUCACAAUGGCGCCGCAUCCGCCCUUGAGAUUGCCGUCCGUGGCGCACCGCUCGAGUCGGGGUGGAUUUUCGGCCAACAUGGUUCGGAAGUAAGCAAUCGAGACGCCGGAUUCUUGCUUGGGAUUGGGCUUCUUGGACAGCUGGGAGGACUGGGCCGUGUGCAUGUCCUCAAGCUACUGCUGCCUCGUACAGGAGGCCUUGCUGCGGUGGGACUAUUACUAGGCCUGGGCGCCUCACUCACAGGCUCCGGCGAUCCAGCCGCCAGACAUCUGAUAGCCACUCACCUACCCGCUUUCCAGCCGCAAGGAGCUCACAACCUCAAUUUGUCGAUGCUGGAGCAAGCAGCCGCUCUUCUAGGCAUGGCCCUCCUUUUCAUGGGUAGCGACCACGCUUGGACUGCGAAACGAAUGCUUGAUCAGAUCGGCAGCAACGAGGUCCGAGCGUCUCAGCCUCACGAGCUGGAGAGAGAAGCGUACUCUCUUUCCGCAGCCUUCGGUCUUGGGUUGGUGUUGCUGGGCAAAGCUCGCCGUACUGGUAUGCGUACUGGUCCUGAUCGCUUCAUUCUGACCAAAUUGGAGCAGUUGAUGUCAGGCAAGCUGCCAAGCCUCUUUCAAGACGACGCUAAUCAAAGCGACCUAGAGUGGCAAGUGGACACGGCGACCACCAGCAGCCCGGCUGCCAUCGCUCUGGGCCUGAUCUACCUCAAAAGUGACUGUGAGGAAGUCGCGGGUGCCAUUCCCUUCCCAAGGAGCAUCGCUGAGCUUGAGUCGAUUAGACCAGACUUCUUACUGAUUCGGACGCUCGCGCGGUGCCUUAUACUGUGGACCUCUAUACGCCCCAGCACCGAUUGGAUCGAUUCAGCGCUACCUCGAUUCCUAGCCAAAUUGAUCUCAUCGAGUCGCCCGGGGGAGACGGCUCAGCUUGCCAGCCUCAACAUACGAGCAGGUGCCGCUUUCGCCAUAGCAUUGAAGUACGCCGGCUCGCACGACCCUCAAGCUUAUGCAUGCCUGAUGAAGGAGCUCAACGCCAACCUCGAAAAGGCCAAAGCAGAGCCGACUACAUUCUUUCAGAAGAUCCGUCAGGCUGCUCUGCGCUCGUGUGCCGAUCUACUAAGCAUCUCUGCGGCGAUGGUCAUGGCAGGGUCUGGAGACUUGCCGCUCCUGAAGCACCUCAGAAUAGCUCACGGUCGCACAGACGCAGGAUUCGGUUCACAGAUGGCUUGCCAUAUGGCAUUGGGGCUGCUGUUCCUCGGCGGCGGUCGUUUCACGCUCGGAACUUCAGAUUCAGCAAUAGCUGCCAUGAUCAUGGCCUUCUAUCCACGCUUUCCAAGCUCAAGCAGCGACAAUCGCGUCCAUCCCCAGCCCUGCAGACACUUUUGGGUCCUCGCCGUUGAGGCGCGCUUACUAGUUGCGCAGGACAUUGAGUCAAAGCAGCUGCUCUACCUGCCUAUCCGGAUCAAAAGUCAAGGCGAGGAGAAAGUGGUCCAGACGCCGGCACAGCUGCCCGCCUUGCAUCAGAUAGAAGAAAUUCAAUCAGCCUCCGAUGCGUAUUGGCCGACUUCGCUUCUCCUACAAUCGAGCCAGUCGGAUGCACAAGCGUUGCUUGGACGUCGUUGCAUGUUUGUGAAGCAACGACGAGUGUCAACAGAGGUACGCAGCGGACGAGCAGAGCGCAAACGUCUACUCAGCGCUGUGAACGAUCCGAAGUUUCGCCUCUAUCUAAAAGAGGUUGGCGCCAACAAAUACUACGCGGAUGCUGUUCUAGGAGCGCAGAUUCAGUCGACCAUCGUACCCAUGCAGCUAGAACCAGUGAUACCGAGGAGCGGGCCCAGCUCCGUGUUGAGGUCACAAAUCUCGAAAGCUUCGCGUGCAGAGCAAGGAGCGCAAGAUGGUGCAGCACAGCGCAAGCAACGUGCCGCGCAGAAUGAUUUGACUUCGCGCACGCUGGUCGGACCAACAGAUCAACAAAUCGACUCUUUGCGUGCCUACAUCGAGCAUUUGGAUACGCCCGUCGCACCACCGCCUUCGGAGAUCAUCGAGGAGCUAGGGGUUCCACCUCUACGUGUCUUGAAAGAGCUCCGAAGUCUGAUUCAGCACGCGAGGCGCAGUAUCGCGCUGGAUGAAGAAAAGACAUCGUCCAUCCUUUUGAGCACGCUUCGACAUAUAAUCGAUGGUCCAGCACAGAAUGCGGAGCUGCUCGCGGAGCUGUUGCUGUACGCAUCUCGAUAGUGCUGAAUAGGAUGCUUGCUUGUAUUGCUUGUGCUUGGGAUCGGAAUGGAAUCGAUUCGAGAACUAUUGGG